CUGACGAUCGCACGAGCGCCUCUGCGCUCUGUGAGCGUUCUUGUGUCGAACGGAGCGGACGUCGUCAGCGCGUACAGUCAUGGGAAAUCGCGAAGUGGAUACAGGUCGAGUUAUCGAUGAGGUACGCCUGAGGAAGAUAUUGUGGGAUGCAUCCGAUCCACUCUACAAAAAUAAAGAUGCAAGAAACAAAGCCUGGGAGGAUAUUGUGGACGCAUUGUUCGAAAAUAUUUCAGGAGAAGAAAAACAGCAACUUGGUUUGUUUACUUUCUUAUUUUAUUAUCUGAAUACCUACACUACAGGACAAAGCCUUUUCAAGUUAAAAUAUACACGAAUCUUGCCAGGGCACGCUUCCAAUAGGGCUCACGAAGUACUCGGCAAAAUUUUCUCGCAGAGCGUGUCCAGACCUUUUCUUAGGUACAGUUGGCAAGUCCACCAUACCCUCAAUUUUUUUAUUAUUUCAGGAAAACUGGUUCAACAAAGGUGGAAUGUUUUCCACCUUUGUGGGGGGGCUGUUGCCCGGGACGCGUUUUUUAGAACAAAGAACGCAAUUAAAAAAACGCCCUCUGGAAGUGCUGCACCAAAAUACAAAAAGUACAUCUAUUAUGACGAAUUAAGCUUCCUAGCUCCAACAGUUGAGAAUGAAGUUGAUGAAUCACUGAAUGACUCUUCCCUUCCCUCACCCUCAGAUAAUAUAUUGGAUAGUAUGAUUGACCGUGGUGUUGAUUCAGCAUCAUCACAAAAACCUUGGUUGGAAAAGAGAAAAAGAAGGGCCCCGAAAACAAAUCCAGAAAGUUCUCCAUUUGAAAAAGAAUUAUUAACUUUAUUAAGUAACCAAACCCCAGAUCUUGCCGCUGACGACCUGGCUUUUUUCGCUUCUUUGGGUCCAAUUUUAAAACGUUUUGAUGUAGGACAAAAGCUGGAGUUUAGAUCGAGAGUGCUACGAGAAGCCAUGGAUAUUUGAAAUUAGAACAGAUCAAAUAGCUCUUACUCCAACGACGCGAGAAGAUAUGCAUCAUCAUACAAUUAUCACACUCCAGCUUACCCAGAGUACGAAACCAACAAUGCGAAUCCUGGUUACUCUGGUUAUCAAACAGCGAGAC